AACACGCACAACAUUGAGCUGUAAAUAUUUAACGACGUCAUAUAUUUAUAAUGUACGUUUGUUUGUGUAUUGUUUUAGAACGUUUUACUUUCCUUAUUAAAUCUAUGCAUAAAGAAAACGAUGGAACGAAAUAUAAGGAGGUCAUUUUGCGCCCCUACUUGGUUUCCAUGGAUACACCAUCAACACCAUCCUUCGUCACUGCUGUAGCGAAUGGCAAACUUUUUCUUCAUGUUUUGAUCCUUUGAUUGGACGUCUUUGUCACUGUUUGUCUUGUUGAAGAGACGAUAGCGAAUAUAAUAAUGGAGCCACGCAGUUACAAAGGAGAUCAGAAAAAUGGAAUAAUGGAAGGGACUGGUGAAUACACCUUUCCCACAGAGACUACAUACAUUGGUGAGAUGAAGGAUGGGAUGUUUCAUGGAAAAGGAGUGAUGCACUUUCCAAAUGGAAGUAAAUAUGAAGCGACAUGGGAGAAAGGACUGGCCAAACAGGGGACUUUUACCUUUGCUGAUGGUCUGGUCUUCCAGGACAAUGACUGGGCUUACUGUGAUGGCUAUGACCGGCGUUUCUACAGCGAGAGAUGUAACGGGCUGAGACCUGCAGGAGAGUCUCAGCUAACUGAUUCGCACCCACCGCACGUCAUCCCAGAAGGGUGCUACGACUGUGGGGACGGUUUCUACUACCCCUCCAACCGCAUCGUGAAGACCUACACCGGUUACUUCCUCAGAACGGCCGACGACCGCGAGCACGAUUGGAUCGUUCGUACGUGUAGGAAAGCUUGGGAUGAGAUCGUUGGACACGAUGCGGACAUCUAGAACGAAAACAAAGACUUCUAAAGCACCUCGGUAUGUCACUGAAAGCAAAGGAACCUUUAUGCAGAAGACGACCUUGGUGUUAUUGGUUUGUUGUCGUGCAGGUUUCUGUUUAAUAGUUGGUUGGAUUUUGCUAUAUUUUUUCGACCGACUGAAAAGCCUGAUCAAAAUAAAAAAAUUAGUAGGCCUAUCAAUUCUAAAAAAUCUAGCCUGCUUAACUGAGAGGCUGGUUACACAGGGUUUUAUGUAAACCUAACCUUUGAAAGACAUGACCCACAAAGAGCCAAUCAGGGACAGGGAUUCUAAUUACUUCCUGUUUUAUAAAAAAAACUAGUGCUAGCCCUCUCCCGCACGCACACGCACACACACACACACACACACACACACACACACACACACACACACACACACACACACACACACACACACACACACACACACACACACACACACACACACACACACACAUAUGCAACACACACAUACAAAUAUGAAAGAAAGUGUGGACUUUCCUUCACAUGUCUAAACAAGCUUUUACCGUGGAACAAAUUCUAUCAGUAUGUUUAUAGUUAGGCGCUGAAUUUUAUUUUAACUGAAACCGUAAACCUAUAAUUUAGAAUAUAAAACCAAUGGAGUAAUGUAUACUGGUUAUCUGUUUCAGAGAGAUUCAUUUGUAUGCUUUUUAUGCUUUUUGCCAUUGGUUCACCAGCCAAUAUUUCUAAAUAACCCCAAAAAACAAUGAUUUCACAUUCUAUUUUAUUGUAAUUUAUUACACAAAACAUUUAGGAUGCACAGUCUAUCAAAUAAACUUUUUUUUUUCAAUGUA